CGCGUGUGGCAACCGAGCCGCACAGUUCAGCUCAGCUCAGCUCAGCUCAGCGCAGCGCAGCGCAGCAGCAGCAGCAGCAGCAGCAGCGCACUCUGACAGGAGGGCACCGCGCAGAGAAGUGGAGCCGGGGGAGCUGGAGGGGAAACAGAAGACUAACAGGUGAUGAAGAGGAGCUGUUGGGGAGAAAGAGGGAGCAACACGCCAUUCAUUCGAAAAGAGUGAGAGUAAGUUACGGAGAGGCUGUAACCUGCCAGCUAACCUGCCUGCACUGCUCUCUCCUCUGGAGUGAGAGAAGUUAACUGGGUUUGAGGGAGAAUCAGUGGAAAGAGGGGAAAGCCGAGGCGACCUGGUUCAGCGGUUCGUUGAGAGAAGAGAGGGAGAGACCGUGUCUGUGAGGAGGACCGGAGAAGCUGAACAUGCCGUGUUUCGCGCCUCUCUGCGUCUCCGCGUGGCUGCUGCUGCUCGCGCUCCCCGCCAGGACGAGCGCGCUGAACGAGAGCGUGGACGUGCUCGUGCUGCUGCCUCACAACGACUCGUACAUCUUCUCCGUCUCCAGAGUGUCUCCGGCGCUCGAGUACGCGCGGCGGCGGCUCUCCGCGGGGCCCUUCGCCGGCGUCAACUUCACCCUCCACUACAUGAACUCCAACUGCGGGAUGGAGGCGCUGUUCGCGCUCGUGGACGUCCCGUUGGACAAGCGGCCCGAGCUGAUCAUGGGUCCCGUGUGCGAGUACGCGGCCGCGCCGGUGGUGCGCGUGGCCUCGCACUGGAACAUCCCGGUGAUCUCGGCGGGCGCGCUGGCGUCCGGCUUCAGCAACAAGCAGCCUGAGUACGCGCUGCUCACGCGCAUCGCGCCCAGCUACCUGAAGAUGGCGGAGACGUUCGCCGCGAUGUUCGCGCACUUCGGCUGGAUGGACGCGCACCUGAUCUACCACGACGACAAGGAGGAGAGGAACUGCUACUUCACCAUGGAGGGGGUCCACAUCCUGCUGGACGGCCACUACGACAACGUCGCCUUCGCCGUGGACCCCAAAGACUCGGCGGCGCACUUCGACGAGAUCUUCAAGAUCAUGCACAGCUACCAAGUGGUGAUCAUGUGCCUCCACGCAGAUGUCGUACGAGAUGUCAUGUUAAAGGCCCAUCGGCGAGGUUUAACCAACAGCAGCAGACUCUUUUUCAACAUUGAGCUAUUCAACUCCUCAUCCUAUGGGGACGGAUCUUGGAGGAGAGGAGACAAGUAUGACGAUGAGGCCAAGGCAGCCUAUGCUUUUCUGAACACAGUGACACUAAUGAGGUCUACCAAGCCUGAGUUUGUGGAUUUCUCUUUAGAGAUGAGAAAGUCCCAACAGAAGACAGGUGUGGAUAAUUGUGAAGGCUGCAAUGAUAUCAACAUGUUUAUGGAAGGAUUCCAUGAUGCUUUACUGCUGUAUGCGCUGGCCUUAGACGAAGCAAUCAAAAGCGGUCACUCUAAGAAGAAUGGGAAGGAGAUCUCUCAUAGAAUGUGGAACAGAACAUUUGAAGGCAUUGCUGGCCAGGUGUCUAUGGAUGCCAAUGGUGACAGAAAUGGAGAUUUCUCUGUGAUGAGCAUGACAAAUAAGGAAACUGGAACCUAUGAGACUGUCCUGAACUACUUUGGCACUAAUGGAAGUUUCCAGAUCAUGCCAGGCUUCAACAGUGAACGGUUCAUUCUGCGAGGUGCACCCAAGCCUCCAACCCCAGAACCCACAGACAAAUCAUCAGGUGGACUAGGUUUAUCAGCAGCGACUGGGAUCAUAGUUGGAGGACUUCUUGGAACAGCACUACUUUUGGGAUUCUACUUUUUUAGAAAGAAUUACAGGAUAACCGUUGAAAGGAGGACACGACGGGAACUGUGUGACGGAAAGCAUCGUCAGUUACGAGAGGACUCCAUCAGGUCCAACUUCUCAGCAGCGUAGGGUUUGCCAGACAGACCAACAGACGCAAGUGGCAGUGCAGGUCUAGGGAAGCGGUGUGUCAGAUGGGUCCAAAGACUCAAACACCAUCCCAGGAGUCCUGAAAUAUUUAAAAGACAUACUGUAGUGUUUUUAUCUUGUAAAUGUUUCUUGUUCUUGACUUUCGUAAACUCAGGAAAGUUGUAUUAAUUAAGGAGAGCUGCUUCUAAGGCUU